GUGGAGGGGGGGGGGCCGCAAAGGAGGCGGCGUGGCUGCAUGCCCGGAGCGGAGCCCGGCGCUCGGUGCCACCAGGUCCUGCUAGCAAGUCAUGAUGGUUGAAUCCGCCUCAGAGACGAUACGAUCCACUCCCUCCAGCCAAAACGGGGUCAGCAGCCUCAGCAACCAGCCUGAUGGAGGCGGGGGCGGCACGGGUGGCGGUGGAGGGGGCGGUGGGCGCGAAGGAGCCACGAGCGGGGAGACCAACGGCGAGAUGAGCCCCGUGGAGCUCCUGCACUUCCAGCAGCAGCAGGCUCUCCAGGUGGCACGCCAGUUCCUGCUGCAGCAGGCCACGGGGCUGAGCUCCCCCAGCAGCAAUGAGGGCAAGCAGCCGGCGGUGCAGGUCCCUGUGUCCGUGGCCAUGAUGUCCCCGCAGAUGAUCACACCGCAGCAAAUGCAGCAGAUCCUCUCGCCACCCCAGCUCCAGGCCCUCCUGCAGCAGCAGCAGGCGAUAAUGCUGCAACAGUUGCAGGAAUACUACAAGAAGCAACAGGAGCAGCUUCACCUGCAGCUAUUGACGCAGCAGCAAGCCGGAAAGCAGCAACCCAAAGAGCCGUUAGGGAACAAGCAGCUGGCCUUCCAGCAGCAGCUCCUGCAGAUGCAGCAGCUCCAGCAGCAGCACCUGUUAAACCUGCAGCGCCAGGGGCUGGUGAGCCUCCCGCCGGGACAGGGCACCGUGCCCCUCCAGACCCUGCCCCAAGCUGUGUGCCCCUCAGACCUCCAGCAGCUCUGGAAGGAGGUCACGGCCGCCCAGCCUGUCGAGGACAGCAUUAAGCAAGAGGGUCUUGACCUCACCACCAACACCUCCAACUCUACCUCGUUUUCUGCCGCCAAGGUCUCGCCUCCCAUUUCCCAUCACCCUCUGCCCAACGGACAGAGCACCAUGCACACGCCAAGAAGGGACAGCUCUUCCCAUGAAGAGACCCCCAGCUCCCACCCGCUCUACGGCCACGGAGAGUGCAAGUGGCCCGGCUGCGAAACCCUCUGUGAGGACUUGGGACAGUUUGUCAAACACCUCAAUACAGAACAUGCACUUGAUGACCGAAGCACGGCCCAGUGUCGAGUCCAGAUGCAAGUGGUACAGCAGCUGGAAAUACAGCUGGCAAAGGAGAGUGAGCGUCUCCAAGCAAUGAUGGCCCAUCUUCACAUGAGACCUUCAGAGCCAAAGCCUUUCAGCCAACCUCUGAACCUGGUCUCCAGUGCCACCCUCUCCAAGAGCACUUCCGACACGUUCCCCGACGGCUUACCUCAUCCCCCCACCUCCGCCACGGCGCCCAUCACCCCGCUGCGGCAGGGCCCCUCCGUCAUCAGCUCUUCCACUUUACACAAUGUGGGGCCCAUCCGCAGGAGAAACUCGGAGAAGUUCUGCACCCCGAUAUCUUCAGAACUUGCACAGAAUCACGAGUUUUACAAAAACGCGGACGUCCGGCCGCCCUUCACGUAUGCCUCGCUCAUCCGGCAGGCCAUCCUGGAGACCCCCGACAGGCAGCUAACGUUGAAUGAAAUCUAUAACUGGUUCACACGGAUGUUUGCCUACUUCCGGAGGAACACGGCCACCUGGAAGAACGCCGUCCGCCACAACCUGAGCCUGCACAAGUGCUUCGUGCGUGUGGAGAACGUCAAGGGAGCCGUCUGGACCGUCGAUGAGCACGAGUACCAAAAGCGAAGGCCACCAAAGAUGACAGGGAGUCCAACUUUAGUCAAAAACAUGAUUUCAGGACUCGGUUACGGAGCACUUAAUGCAAGUUACCAGGCUGCGCUGGCGGAGAGCAGCUUCCCGCUGCUGAACAGCCCCACCAUGAUCAACACCAGCUCCGCCAGCGGCAUGCUGCACGUGGGCCACGACGACGUCAGCAGCACCGUGGAGCAGGUCAACAGCAACGGCAGCAACAGCCCGCGCCUGUCCCCGCAGCAGUACAGCCAUCCAGUGCACGUGAAGGAAGAACCCGCCGAGGCAGAAGAUGACAGCAGACCCGUCUCGCUGAUGGCCACCACCAACCAGAAUGUGACGAUUCCCGAUGACAGGGACCUGGAGGAGGAGCUGCCAGUGGAAGACUUGUCCUAAGGACCCCUUCCUCCUCCUCCUCACUGAGGGGCAAACCCUUCCCACCCUCCUGGCCGGAGACCAAGUGACAGCUUCCACCUCUCCAAGGUGACCUUUGGCAUUAACCCGUUUCUUAAAGGCACUUCCACAAAGCAAAAGGGUUUCCUUGGUGCAACAACCUGUUGCUGACGGCGUGUUCCUCCCGCUCCCAUCUACCCUAUGCCGCGGCCCUGGUGACCGACAGACCCUGCUGCGGGGGAAUUCCUGCGGCACAAGAAGCAAAAAUCCCAAGAGCUGGACUUUUUCUCCCCUCCUCCCUUGGUUAGUGACUGGUGAACGAGGAUGGUAGGUUGUUUCUGUCCGAAAUGGUCCCUCCUUCCUUCCUCUGGGCAUGGGGAAGGCACCUCCGUCCCCACUUCCCUGCCCGGUGAUGCUCAAGCCUCUGCCAGCGACUGCCCCGGGGAGAGAAGGUGAUGGCAGGAACCCGUCGGCAUCUCUCCGUCCCCCCGUGGGUUUUGCACUAGGAGGGACCGUGGACCCUGCCCAUGCGCUGCCUCCACCCAGCUUUGGGGGAAGAAACAGCAGAAAUGAGGGUGAGUCCUCUGCCGUGAUCCGGACGCUGGGCUUGCACCGUUGUCUUGCGACUGGGGAAGGAUAAGGACCGGCGCAUUGGUGGGACUGUGUCCCCUUGUCACCUCUGGCAGGUUGCUAAGCCACCUGGGAAGCAGAGCAGCCCACCUUGGGUUGACUGUGAUCCCUGAGCCCUGCGGUCCCUGCUGGUGGGGGGACUCGUGGUACCCAGCAGCGAUGACCAUCCCCAGCCGACCGCCAGCGCCGGGCAGCGAGGACGCAGCUCCCCACUUCCUUCUUAGAACCGGCUGCAACGCUGACACCUCUCCCAGCCGGCGCAGGGGUGGCCAGUGGCCUGACUUCAACUUCAGGGACUGGCUCCUGGUCCCCUGCGUGCCCGGUUCCUCCUCCAAAGCUGGGGUGGGAUCUUCGAGGACGGGCAAUGGCACGGGGAGGCAACACCCACCACCGCUGAGCAUCCUCCUGGGAGGCACCCACAGAGGAGCUGGGGCGGGCAGAGCGUGGCGCUGAGCUGCUGCUUGGCUGUCCUGCUGGUAGCAAAGCCAACCCCAAGUGAAAUAACGUGGUGGCCGAACCUGGCUGUGACUGGCGAGCCGAGCUGCUUUCGUCUUUUCUUUUUGUUAUCCUUUUGUGUGUGUCCAGAUGGGAAGAUACCAAAAGAUUUCUAGAGACAGAAGGUCCGUAGUUCAGGUGAACAGAUGGUAUUGAUGCCAAAAAAAGGAAAAAAGAAAAAAAAGAGAAAUAUUAAUAAUAAUGAGAACAACACAACCAAACAGCCCUCUUCUCCCUGCUCUUUCUUUCUGUGGUGGUGAUGUGGGUACUCAGCACUGGGCUCUUCCUGGCUGGCAGCUGGUGGCCUCAGGGACCAGGCUGGCACUGGCUGUCGUGGCACACAGCGGGGUGUCAGGGGACUUGCUGUGAUGGACAUGGAGCUGCUCCUGUUUUGAGCCCAGCUCCGGGCUCUCCCGAAGCGAUUGUGAGUGCUUCUCCAUCCUUCCCUGCCCCUGCUUCCCCCGGCUGAGAUGUUGGCGGUUGGAGCUGGGUUGUUGCCCCAGCGUGUGCCCCCAGCCCCACGCUGGGAUUCGGGUGCAGCAACACCAGGAGCUGCGGUUUGGGUUAAAAAUGCAACACACAGGUGUGGCUCCUGGGGAUCUCUGCUCAUUUAUCCGUGUGCAUCACCUCGCGGGGGGGUCCCCAAAGGGCUUUUUCACUCUGUGGCGUGUGUUGUCCCCCAUACCUCGAAUCACCCCAGCACAUCCUCUUGCACUGCCUAUUGCAUCCUCGGUACCCAGGUGCCUGCUGAGGUGGAGGGGGGUCCCUAGCUGCCCCCCCUCUGCCCCCCAGCACCAUCCUGGGGGAUGCCAAGACCCUUAAAAGAGCAGCAGCUGCCCUGGGGGAAGGCACAGCCUGGUGGGGGCUAAUAAUGGGGGGGGGUCACUAGCAUCUCCCCUGGCUGGUGCUGCAAGGGGGCUCUUUCCUCUUCUUAAAAGCGACAGAAAAGCCUUCCAAAGCUGCCCAUGGGUGCUGGCAGCUGGCUGUGGGUGCUGGCUGUGCCGAGCCGGCCUUCGCUAGGUGUCUCCACUCGACCCGUGUUUCUCCCUGUGCUGCAGCCUCGCUCUCUCCUUCGCCGCUGCUGAAAUAGCAAGGCAAGGAGAUUUGCCAAGCCACCAGCUUCCCCUCACCCUCCAGCUUCUCCCAGUUUGUCCUCGCUGCCACCAGCUCCUACCGGACUCUGCCAGACACCAAAGACCCUGCCCUGGCUGGGGGGGCGCGAACCGAACCCCACUUUAGCAGUGUGGGUACAGCCUCAUCCUCCUCCUUCAAAGCAGCCACCAGGCUGGAGGCACCCUGUAUUUUCCCUUCCUGCUUUCUUUUCUUUCCUUU